CACGCACCUGGGCUCCUCCUUGUCCGUCCUGUCCUGACUCACCUGCCUGGAAUGCUGUCCUGAGCGGGAGCUCUGAGCCGCAGGCUGGGCGCUGGGUUUGUUCUCCACGUCUUCCUCCUCCAACACCAGCUGCGGCUGAACGCAGCACCGGUCAGUGUGAACCCAGGUCAGCGGUCAGAGGCGGAGAUGCCGGCCAAGAAGAAGGCGUCAGCGUCUGGCGCGACGCGGCGGCGGCGCUGGUGGCAGCUGCGGAUGCUGUGGAGCAUGCUGGGAGUGUUCGAGAUCAACCAGAACCACGACUUCUACGACCUGGCCUGCUUCAUCAAGACCGGACUACAGACGGCCCUGACGGACAACCUGGACCCCCCCCCCCUGGAACAACUGACAGCUGAUUGUUUCAAAAAACAGGAAACUCAGGUCCAUGAGGGCUUCCAGAUGCAGACCUUCUCGGGCCCGGUGUUCAGCUCCUUGAGGAGGUCCCUGGGUCUGAGCGAGGAGGAGUAUCGCUCCUCCCUCAGCUCCGACGACUUCUACCUGCAGUUCAUCAGCAACUCCAAGAGCAAGGCUGACUUCUUCAUCACACACGACAAGAGGUUCUUCCUGAAGACCCAGAGCCAUCGAGAAGUGAAGUUCCUCCUGUCCAACCUGCCGCUGUACGUGGACCACCUCAACAGAUACCCCCACUCCCUACUCGUCCGCUUCAUGGGUGUCCAUAAGAUCACCGUCCCAAACCACACCAAGGUAACCAGUGAAACCAAGAAGUACUUCAUCAUCAUGCAGAGUGUGUUCUUCCCUGACGACAGAAUCAGCAGCAGGUACGACAUUAAGGGCUGUGAGCUUGGACGCUGGACGGCGCCGACCCCACAGGGCAGCCCGGUCAUCAGCGUGCUGAAGGACAACAACUUCCAGGGACAGAUCACACUGGGGCCGGAGCGGUCGUGGUUCGAGGAGCAGGUGGAGCUGGACAGCGCGUUCCUGCGGAGCCUCAACGUGUUGGACUACAGCCUCCUGAUUGGCCAGCAGGCUCUGCACCUUGACGAGCUGGACCAGAGGCACUCGCUGGCCACGCUCGUCAACCGGACCACAAAGUCUCUGGAUCUGGACGAGGGCCCCCCCACCCGGCCCCUACUUGAGAGGCAGCGCUCCCUGGAUGAGGAGCAGGACUCGGGGGUUCCCGGUGGUGGGGGGGUCCCCCUGGGGACCCUGCCAGGCGGGGGGGCCGAGGGGGAGUUCCACGCUCGCCACCGCCGGCUGCUGCCGGACUUCCAGAACGCGGUGCACGUGCUGGACGGGCCGCAGCGGCGCUACUUCGUGGGCAUCAUCGACGUGUUCACGCAGUACGGCUGGAGGAAGAGGCUGGAGCACUGGUACAAGGCGCUGCGCUUCCCCGGGCGCAGCUUCAGCACCGUCAGCCCCCAUGCCUACUCCCUGAGGCUCUGCCAGUGGGUCCGCAGCCGCACCCAGUGACCCCCCCGGGCCGCCCAGUGACCCCCCCGGCCACCCGGUGACCCCCCCGGGCCGCCCAGUGACCCCCCCCGGUGCACCCAGUGACCCCCCCCCGGUCACCCAAUGAGCCCUGCUGAGGCAGUGACCCCACUUCUGAAUAUUAUUAAUAUAUAUAUAUAUAUAUAUAUAUAUAUAUAUAUAUAUAUAUAUAUAUAUAUAUAUAUAUAUCAAAGUAUGUAUAUAAAUAAAUAAUUUUUGGACUGCUUAAUAAUACACUGCAUAAUCUAACAUCAUGUUAUCAUUAAGUCUGUGAAAGUGACAUUAGAAGAGGAGAUGGUUUUGUAAUCUGAUGUUAUAUGUCUGUUCUUACAUUGUAUGUUAUCUUAUAUGUUGGUCCGGGUGUUGUUUAACAAUAAAUGUUGUUUUAGUGUUUUUGAA